AAAGCCCUCAAACCGAAAAACCUUUUGUCAAAGUUUAAAUACAGACACAUUAUCAACCUCUUGUCAAACCCCAUCCUCCACCCUCCACCCCCCACCCCCGAAAGAAACAAAAUCCCUUUUUCUUCUACUUCUUAGUUUGUUCUUCAAUGGGUGAUGAACUAAGAGAUUUGUACUAUCACCAGCCAUUUCAAGAAGAUUCUUCAUCAUCAGUUGUUCAAAAUAUACAUAUGCUUGAUCCAUCUUUUAUGAGCUAUACUAAUGAGUAUUUAUAUGGAUCAAGUAGUGAUUAUGUUAACAACAAUUCACUUGGGAAACCCUUUGGAUUUUCAUCAUCAUCUCCAUCACCAUUUUCUUCAAGUAAAGAUGAUAUGAUAAAACAAGAUCUUCAUCAUGUGGAUGCUAAUAUUAAUAUUAAUAAUAUUAGUGAAACCCCAGUUACACCAAACUCUUCAGUCUCAAAUUCUUCUUCUAAUGAAGCUGCUGGUGAUCAUGACGAUUCUAACAAGAAAGAUAAGCAAGUCAAGGAUGAAUCCUUAGAAGAUGGUGAAGAUGCUUCUAAAAAAGAGAAUAAAGGAAAAAAGAAGGGAGAGAAGAAGCAAAGGCCACCAAAAUUUGCAUUCAUGACAAAGAGUGAGGUUGAUCAUCUUGAAGAUGGAUAUAGAUGGAGGAAAUAUGGACAGAAGGCUGUUAAGAAUAGCCCUUAUCCAAGGAGCUAUUACAGGUGCACAAGUCAAAAAUGCCAAGUGAAGAAGCGUGUGGAGAGGUCAUAUCAAGAUCCCUCUGUUGUUAUCACAACAUAUGAAGGUCAACACAACCAUCAUUUGCCAGCUACACUCCGUGGGAGCGUUGCAAGAAUGUUGAAUCCUUCCAUGUUAGCACAACCAUCACCAUUAAUGGCACCACAAGCUGCAGCUUUUCAUCAAGAACUCAUCAUGGCUCAAAUGCCUCAACUUUUUGGCCAUGGCAAUGCUUUUGGAAGCCCCCCUAUGUAUCGCCAAAAUCUAACUCAUCCACUUCAGAAUCAUCAACAGAUGCAGCUUCCUCCUCAUCAUGACUAUGGACUUCUCCAAGACAUGGUUCCUUCUAUGUUUAAUCUUAAACAAGAACCAUGAGGUUCUUGAGUCUUUCACCUUUAAUUAACCCUACUUGAACUUAUUUAUUUAUAGCUAUUUCUCUUCUCUUUUCUUUAUCUAGUAAUAAUUUAGA